AUGACAGCACAGAUAUUUCUCGAUUUGGUGGAUCAUGCCUUUUUCGAUAUGAAUCGUGCUGCCGUUAUCAUAGUGGAUGAAUGUCACCACAGUUUGGGUAUCAGGCACCCUUUUCGAUUAAUUAUGAAUCGAUACGGGCAGUUGGCCAAAGCUAAUCGACCACGAAUUCUCGGCCUUACCGCAUCUCUGAUUAAUAGCAGGACAUCGCCGGAUAAGUUGGAGCAGUUGCUGCAAAAAUUGGAAGCAGUAAUGUUCAGUUCCAUCGAAACAGCAAGCGAUUUGGUUUCGGUAAACACCUUUUUAGUGUGUUUCAUCGGAAUUUGUUCAUCUUGGAAAAAACGAUUUUACGACCGAUUAUGA